UUUGCUGCACUCUUCUCUCACCCGUAAAUUUUGACAGUUUUUAGUGGUUUGUUUUGGCUCCCAUUCGUUGCCAUCUUUUUUACUCAGAGACAAAAAUUUUAAUGAUUAGAACCAAAAAGUGAGGUUACGGACCGUGAGCUGCUCUAUUCAACGUCUCUGGACUCCACUGCAAACUGCAACAUUUACAUUGCGAAUCUAAUCAGUUGCUAUCUGUUGCUCGAUCGACUACUAAAAUACCAGCUAGAUUACUUCUCGAAAAUAUCGAUUAGAAAAACUGCGACCAUGCAAUCGCCCAGCACAACCACGUGCAUGUUGGACGACUUCCGGUGCCGGCUGUGUUUUACAUCAUCCGACAUCAAUCUACAACCGUUAUUCCCUCCCGGAGAGGGUUGCUUCGUCAAUGAUCUGCUUAGUCGAAUCUACGAUUGUUUGGCCAUACACGUAUCCUUCCUAGAGGAUUUUUGCUCGGUAAUUUGUUCGGUGUGCCGCGAUAAGAUCAAUUCAAUUUACAAUUUUAAAAAGCAAUGUCAAUCGAACGAUGGAUAUCUGCGAGAGAAGCGUUCCCGACAGAUGAAUGGAGUGGAGUUGGAAAGAAUGUCACAAAUGAACCGCGAUCAACCGGAUGACGCUAAUGAGAGCCAGUGUAAAGUGGAGGAACUCCAGGAAGAGGAUAUGCUGCGCCAAGCAAAGAGUAUUUUUAACCCCAACCAGGCGACAGAGCCGGAGUCGAUGGUGAAUAUUCCAUCAAAAGUGGACGUUGUCGCUCAGAUUUCCGGUACAAGCUCUAACGAGUCAUUUCGUGGAUUUCCGCAUUUAUUGCAGAAUGAAUUCAUCGAGAACUCUGUCACUGUAGGAUAUGAAACGAUAAGCGAACCUCCGGUUUCCGUGGAUGAUAUUCAGGAGUGCCAUGUACCUCUCAAAAAGUUGGACAUAAAACCCAGUGUUGAUUUUCAGCGGUCGACUAUCACCGAAAAAGGCAAUUGUCCGACUCCAAGGGGCAAAUACAGGAAGCAAAUUAAAGAUGAACCAAUAUCGCCGAGAUUGCUUCGCAAGAAGGCCGUCUUGUAUUUUGAUGGGUAUGAGUAUCGAAAGCCUCGGACAUGCCACGGCGGAAGCAUACAAUGGGAAUGCUGCAAAAUAUCCUGUUCAGCAACUCUGCAACAGAAGCCUGACGGCAAGCUGAAGCUGAACGCCAAACACCAGCAACACCAACAACAGGUGGUCAAUGAUGGCAUGAUACUAGAUCGAAAGAUGCGGAAGCGAGUUCCUUUCCUGAUGACGAAUAACAAUCACAAAAAGAAGUUUAUCUACAAUGAUUCCUUCCGGUUUAACUUUUCGCAGAAGCUUUCCAACGGCCAAAUGAUUUGGACUUGUGAUGAUCAACCAAAGGGAUGCAAGGCGUACGUUAGGAUUACGGGUGACUUUCGCUUAGUUACGCCGAUCUUCCAGCACAAUCAUACUACAGAGGUGGUCGUUCGGAGACGUAUUGUGAAUUAGUUUUGAAACGUACUUUUAGAGACGGGGCACAUGUGUUGGUUGUCCAAAAUCUAUUAUAGAAAGGUAGAAGCAAAAUGCCAAGCAACAAUUAUGUAUUUUUUUGUGGAAACUAGGGGCGCGAUUAUUUCACAUCAGGGAUGGGAUUCCAAUAUGUCUAGAUAGAGCUGGAAUUAGGGCGUAACAACUUUUGUAAACAAUGACUUCUCUUAAUGAUUUCUGGCAUUCAAGGCUUCCCCUACCCGAUGGUGCUGUUGAUUUACGUGGGCGUGCCUUGACUUCCUAGAAAUCCUAGAGAUAAUACCCCAUAUUCUCGUUUUCGUUCGAGCCGUAUUUUCCACACAAAAAAAAAGUUUUUUGAAAAUACGGUUAGAACGAAAACAAGAAUAUGGGUGAAUACAUUGUAAACAAAAGCCGUAUUCACUUUUUUUUACAAUGUAUAGUAUUUUACAUUUAAAACUGGACCGGAAUCGUCAAUAAAAGUUCGCUAUUACGAUGUACUUGGUGUCUUCUGCGCAUUUCUUUUUUCCUUAUAAACCAAGGAAUAAGUUUGCCGAAGACAUCAACAUUAUUCCUCGUAAAAGAGCACUUUUAUAAGCGUUUCCGCAUUCCUUUUCU